CAAAUAAAACUUAUUUUUUUUCUUGUUAUCUCUCCUUGGCCAAUCAUAUGGAUGGAUGCAUGGGAUCAUUAGGACUUUAAAAUAAUGGUCUGAGCCAAUCAAAUGGCUUGAUUCAGCUAUAAGUUGAACAUAAUUCUCUGAACAAAGAUUGUUCCUCCUCUUUUCCUCAUUAUCAAAUUUUGAUCCCAAUGGCCAAUCUUACUAUUCAAAAACGCUUAGCAGCUCAAGUUCUCAAGUGUGGUCAACGCAAGAUUUGGUUAGAUCCUAAUGAAGUGAAUGAAAUUGCCAAUGCUAACUCUCGUGCCAAUAUUCGCAAGUUAGUUAAAGAUGGUUUGGUGAUCCGUAAACCUGAAAUUGGUGUAUCUCGAUUCCGAGUACGUGAACGUCAUGAAGCCAAACGUCUAGGUCGUCAUAUGGGCCAUGGUAAACGCAAAGGUACAGCCAAUGCUCGUAUGUCCCAUCAAGUGGUUUGGAUGCGUCGCAUGCGUGUGCUGCGUCGUCUUCUCCGCAAGUACAGAGAAGCUGGUAAAAUUGACAAACAUCUUUAUCAUACUUUGUACCUUCGCAGCAAGGGUAACUGUUUCAAGAACAAGCGUGUAUUGAUGGAAUUCAUUCACAAGGCCAAGGCUGAACAAAUCCGCUCCAAGAAUCUCUCUGAACAAGCUGCUGCUCUCCGUGCAAAGAACAAAGCCAUGCGUGCUCGUAAGGCUGAAAAGAAGUCUGCUGUCAAGGUUCUUUAG